AUGUCGGAUUCAAUACACCUGUCGCGCCUCCGGAAUUGGUUCCUUGCCUCUCCACCGAUCGAGUUUGCUAUCAGCCACCUCAAGGCGCUCCUCAUCGGCGCGCUACGACAAGGGCCCAUUCCUCAACAUGUGGCCUUCGUCAUGGAUGGAAACCGACGAUUCGCCAGGUCCCACGGAAUUGAGACGGUGGAAGGGCAUAACUUGGGAUUUGAGGCACUGGCCAGAAUUCUAGAAGUUUGUUAUAAGAGCGGUGUCAAAGUCGUCACGAUCUAUGCGUUCAGCAUCGAGAAUUUCAAGCGGUCCAAAUUCGAAGUCGAUGCGCUGAUGGACAUGGCGAAGGUGAAACUAUCGCAGAUGGCGCAACACGGUGAUUUACUGGAUCGGUAUGGUGCUAGAGUACGUGUACUAGGCCGACUCGAUCUGCUGAAGCCGGAUGUCCUGGCCGCUGUUAACAGGGCCGUCGACCUGACCAGCCGCAAUGGCGAACGCGUGCUGAACAUUUGCUUCCCUUACACCUCGCGCGACGAAAUCACCGGCGCUAUUCGUGAAACAGUCCAGGAUUAUAGCAAACCUCUCCAAUCUGCCCAUUCUGCCAAUCGAACCCCCUUCUCCGAAUCUCACAUCGCUCAUAAUAUCCGGGCCCAGACCCGUGUAUCUAAACCACAAGACACACACAGUGAUUCCGAGUCAUCGGCAGAUUCCUCUGUGCAGGAUGAUGAUCACUCUAGUCGAGUCUACGAAUCCGGUUCCGGUUCCGGUUCCUCAUUCUCUUCAUCCACGACGCUUCACCUUAUCGGUCAGGAUGGACAGCUACAUAAAACUGUGACACACGGCAUUACGUCAGAUGGUGACAGCCCUGUAUUUUUAUCUCCUGAAACAAUCACGCGCCAAACCCUCUCAGAUCACAUGUUGACAAAGGGUAAUCCACCCCUGGAUAUGAUUGUCCGAACCUCUGCCGUCGAGCGUUUGAGUGACUUCAUGCUUUGGCAAUGUCAUGAGAAUACUGAGAUCGUAUUCCUGGACGUUCUAUGGCCAGAAUUUGAUCUGUGGCACUUCUUGCCUGUGCUGCUCGGCUGGCAAAGACGCAUUUCCAAGGAUCGGCAGAAUCCAAACGCAGAGGGAAACUUCGCUGGUGAUAGCCCGGAAUCUAGUGAAGAGUCCUUUGAUAAAACGGGACUUCAGUCGAACAAGAUCAAAGCUAUAUAA